AGCACACAAAGCAACAGAAAGAGUAAUUGAUCAGUGAUCCUUUAGGUGCCAUGGCUGCCAACAACACCACCCUGGACUCUACCAGCUGUGACGUGUUUGUCGACCAGAAAGGCACCGUGAUCCUGGUCCCCGUCUUCUACUCGCUGGUAUUCCUCAUCAGCUUGUGUGGCAACGCUUUGGUCCUCUUGGUGAUCUGCCAGAAGCGGGAGAAGUUCAACUCCACCGCCGUCUACCUGCUCAACCUGGCCUUGUCAGACAUCCUCUUCACGCUGGCGCUGCCCAGCAGGAUCAUCUACUACAUCCUGGACUUCCAUUGGCCCUUUGGAGACUUUCUCUGCAGGAUGAGCGCUGUCCUUUUCUUUGCCAACACUUAUGCAGGAAUUGGCUUCAUGACCUGCAUCAGUCUGGACCGCUACCUGGCCGUGGUGCACCCUCAGCGGAUGCUCCGUCUGCGGCAGGUCAAACUGGUCCGCUGGAUCUGCUGCUUGGUCUGGGCUGUGGUGUUGGUGCAAGUAGCUCCUCUGCUUUUCUACAGCAAGCUGCAGCACCACGGCGACAGGUGGACGUGCAUGGAGUACAUCGACGUGGACAACUCCCAGUGGAAGCCACACUUCCUACUUCUGGGCUGCGUCGUCUCCUUCUGUUGUCCCCUUGUCGCCAUCUUGGUCUCCUACGCCAGGAUCCACGCAAAGCUGCGGGUGGCGGCCGGACGCAACUCCACGAGCCCGUCGAAGAGGAACCACAGAGCCGACGCUAUCAUUCUUCUCAUCCUCCUGACGUUUAUCGCCUGCUUCAGCCCUUACCACCUUAACGUGAUGCAGUUCUUGUGCAGGAGGAUGCACCAUGAGGUCAGCUGUGAGGAACUGAGAGCCUUCAGGGUCUACUCACAGAUUACAGUCUUGCUCAUGAACUUCAACUGCUGCCUGGACCCGGUCCUCUACUUCUUUGCCAUUAGGACAUACAAGAAGCGAGUGAUGAACCUGUUUAGGGAGCGCCUGUGCGUUUCCACUCCUACCAUCACCACCCUCGCUUUAGCCAAGACCACGACUGACAACAGCAGCAGCGACAGCUAAGGCGCCACAAUCAUCAUUUUUUUGGGUCACAUUUCUUCAAGAUUAAAGCAUUUCUUGUUCAAUAUGGAUUGAUACUCCUAUUAAAGUGGAUAUUACGUGUAUUUAUGUGUGCACACUGAGUGUUUAACAUGGUCGGGUUUCAGUACCAGUUCUCUAUAAUACUGCUGUAUGUCAGUUGUGUGGGGGCUUUGAACCAUUUCCUCAUGCUCUGUUCCUGGCUUCUUCCCUACUUGAUAUACGUGUGUGUGUGUGUGUGUGUGUGUGUGUGUGUGUGUGUGUGUGUGUGUGUGUGUGUGUGUGUGUGUGUGUGUGUGUGUGUGUGUGUGUGUGUGUGUGUGUGUGUGUGUGUGUGUGUGUGUUUGCUGUCCUUAAAAAUCGCCAACUUGCAUAACUUGUGUGUGUAUGGUCAAAUCUACCUAGCAACAGCGGUCGGUCCUCACAACUACAUAAGUAAAAUAUUUUGUUUUACUUUGUGUGUUUUGCAUUCUGAAGUGAGGUUGCAACUCUCUACUCCCGUAU